AAAAUACCUAUUUAUAGACAAAUGGACCACUUACUAUUAAGCCUGAUACAGUGUAUUUUCAAUACAACUGGACUUGUACUGAGUUUCUUUUCAGUUGGUACUUCUAAGGGCUUUUAAUAUAAAUUUAUUACUAAAUUCAUUCUGAUUUAAGGUACAUGUAGCCAGACAAACACUGCUGAUUUUAAAAAUAAAGAAAGAAUGUUAAAUAGAUUAAAUUCUUUCUUUAAAGAAAGAAUGUUAAAUAGAUUAAAUGAUAGAAGGUAUAAUAUCAUUAUUUCCAUUAAAGUUAAAAUACUUUUGGUUAAAAAAACACAAACCUGUGUGUGUGUGUGUGUGUGUGUGUGUGUGUGUGUGUAUGUAUGUUUGUGUAUGAUAAAAUAAGUAGAUAGUUAAUUCUGGCUAAGAAAAGUAAACCAAAAGGUUAACAGCCAGUAUUUCUGGGCAGUGGGCCUUAAGAUGAUUUUUAUUACCUAUACAUUGAUGUACCCCAAAAUUUCUAUUACGAAUAUUGUUGUUAGAACUAGUAAAACUCUUUAAAGGAGUGUGGUAAAAGAAGCACUCUCAAAUGCUGUUUGACAUGCAAAAUAGUACAAAAUUUCUUGAAAAAUAAUUCAUUAAUCUAUAAAGAGACUUAAAGUUCCAGCUCUCUUGCGGCCUCACUUCCGAGAUGAGGAAGAAAAGAAGGAACAACGGCUGUGCCAAAAAGGGCCGUGGCCCUAUGCAGCCUAUUCGCUGCACGAACUGCGCCAGAUGUGUGCCCAAGGACAAGGCUAUUAAAAAGUUUGUCAUCCGAAACAUAGUAGAGGCCGCAGCCGUCAGGGACAUCUCCGAAGCAAGUGUCUUAGAUGCCUAUGUGCUCCCCAAGCUGUAUGUGAUGCUACAUUACUGUGUGAGUUACGCCAUUCAUUGCGAGGUAGUCAGGAACCGAUCUUGUGAAGCUCGCAAGGACCGAACACCCCCACCCCGAUUUAGACCUGCAGGUGCUGCCCCUCGCCCUCCACCAAAGCCCAUGUAAGGAGCCGAGUCUUUAAGGACUGAAGAACUGUCUGUCCUCUGGGGGAAAAAAUAAAAUGCCGAUUAUACAUUAAAA